AGUAAUUUCCUGAGAUGAUUAAAUCCCUUAAAAACACAAACACCAAGUCCGCAAAGAUCCAAACACCGUAUCUGGUCCCAGACAGACUCCCAGGCCUAGCAAAACCGACCUUUUCACUACAUGCUUUCUAUAUAAACGUACACGACCAAACGCUCCUUUGGAGUCCUCGCUUAGCUGAUCGCCUUUUCUUUUCUUUUUAAUUUCCUGUCUCAUUCUUUUUUGUUUCUUUAAAUUGCAUCAACGAUUUUUCAAAGAAAUUUUGCUUUUAUAUGAUAAAAACAGAAUUGACUCUGGUCCGCGCAUGUUUCGCUUUUCUUUAUAUCCAUUGAUCAGUGAGAAUGGCAACUGUGAUUGCUAAGGGAGAACGGUUGAACUGUCAUGCUAGUCAUGGUAUGGGGACAACCUUAAGUUCAUGGCAUGUGACGAAGAAAAGAAAUUCCAUGAUAGUGGACCGUGAAAAUAAAAGGACAACAUCUGAUGGGAAUGGCAAUGCGGUGCAAUUGUCAACGAGAACAAAAAAUCCAUCAAAGAAGCAAAAGCUAAGUAAAGGAAUUGAAUUCUUAGAGGAUGAGGACAUUCCUAAGAGGCAUUGUAAUGGAAUAGACAAGAUAACUACUUCUCAGAAGCAAGAUAUAUUAGAUGAAUGGGAGGCGGAAGCUAUUGUGUUUAUGAACAUGAAAGCGCGGAGUAGAAGCAGAAAUUUGGACAGUGUGAUGAUCAAAGGAAGCCCUAGGGAAACUAAGAAGAAUAUUUGUGAUCCUAUUGAUACUUCAUUGUUUUCAUCAUCAUCUUUGUCGUCAUCCUCUUCGGGCACAUCAUUUUCACAUUUGAAAGGUGACAGUAGUAGCAUUGAUAGAUGCACAAAGAAAAAUGUUAAGGCCAAAAGAAAAAAUUUUAAGUGUCAUCAGUGUAUGACUGAAAGGAGAACUGUUGUUCCGUGCAUGAAAUGUGAAGUGAAGGUGUACUGCACCAAUUGUAUCAGACAAUGGUAUCCCAAUAAACCAAAAGAAGAAAUUGCAAUGCAGUGCCCAUUUUGUUGCAGGAAUUGCAACUGCAGCAUUUGUUUGCACUCAAGUGGAUUAAUUAUGACAUCAAAGAGGGACAUGUCAAAUCAGGAAAAGAUUAAGCAUCUGGAAUACUUGAUUGAGUCAAUGCUUCCCUUUCUGAAACAAAUUUGUAAAAUGCAAAAGCAGGAGACAGAGGUUGAGGCUGUAAUUCAAGGGUUAUUGCCUUCUGCAGUUGAAAUACCAGAGACUCUUUGUUAUAAUGAUGAACGUGUCUAUUGUAAUCACUGUGCAACUUCAAUCUUUGACCUUCAUCGUAGCUGCCCAAAAUGUUCAUAUGAACUCUGUCUUAGUUGUUGUCAAGAAAUUCGGGAGGGAAGACUUUCUAGCCGUGAUGAAGUUGCAUAUCAAUACAGGAACAGAGGCUACGAUUAUGUUCAUGGUGGAGACCCUUUACCAGAAUCUUAUCUACCUGAAACAGGUAAGGAUUCGGCUAAGCCAUCAAUUCAAUGGAAAGCCAAUAAUGAUGGAAGUGUUACUUGUCCUCCCAAAGAAAUUGGUGGCUGUGGUGAUUGCAGAUUGGAGCUUAAACGUAUCCUUCCAGUGGGAUGGAUUUCAAAUUUGGAAGCAAAUGCAGGGAAAAUGUUGCGCACCUGCAGAACUGGACAAGGGAUAUUGAAGCAUGAAUGUGCUAUAUCAGGCAGAGGGAUGUUACAUAGGGUGGCUUCUAGAGAAGGAUCUAAUGACAAUUGCUUAUAUUCUCCAACUUCAGAUGGCAAUCAACAGGAAGACCUUUGUCACUUUCAAAUACACUGGGCUAAAGGUGAACCAGUUAUAGUUCGCAAUACUCUUGCAAAUUCGACUGGUUUAAGCUGGGAACCGAUGGUAAUGUGCCGUGCUUUAUGUGAAAAUGGGAAUUCAGAUAUUAAUUUGGAGAUGUCCGAAGUUAAGGCUAUUGAUUGUCUAGCUGGUUGCGAGGUGGCGAUUAAUACUUACCAAUUUUUCAAAGGCUAUAUGGAAGGGAGAAGUUAUGAUAACUUCUGGCCUGAGAUGCUAAAGUUAAAGGACUGGCCCCCAUCUAAUAAGUUUGAGGAUCUCUUGCCUCGUCAUUGUGAUGAGUUUAUAAGUGCAUUGCCAUUUCAAGAAUACACUGAUCCAAGAUCUGGUAUCCUUAACAUUGCUGUGAAGUUGCCACCUGGUGUCCUGAAACCAGACUUGGGCCCGAAAACAUAUAUUGCUUAUGGGAUUGCAGAGGAGCUUGGAAGAGGGGACUCUGUGACCAAGCUUCAUUGUGAUCUGUCAGAUGCGGUAAACAUUUUGACACAUACUGCAGAUGUAACCUUAGGUGACAAGCAGUUUUCUGCAAUAGAAAAUUUGAAAAUGAGACACAAGGCGCAAGAUGAAAAGGAACGUUUAGAGAGAGAGAGAGUAGAAAGGCAUCCAAUUAAAGAAGGCCUUCAUGCUGUAGAAAGUAAUGAUCCAGAAAAUAAGAUGGAUGUUCCAGAAAUCACAUAUCAGAAAGAUUACUACUCGGAUAAUAAUAUACUUGAUGUUUCUAGAGAUGAGCUUGGAGCUAGAAUUUCUGGUUUCUCAACCUUGGGAAAGGAGACAGGUGGUGCCCUUUGGGAUAUUUUUAGGAGGGAGGAUGUUCCUAAAUUGGAAGCUUAUCUUAGGAAGCACUCUAAAGAAUUCAGGCAUACCUAUUGCUUCCCCGUUGAAAAGGUAGUCCAUCCCAUCCAUGAUCAAUCGUUUUACCUAACUGCGGAGCACAAACGGAGACUGAAGGAGGAAUUUGGAGUUGAGCCAUGGACGUUUGAACAAAACCUGGGAGAAGCUGUUUUUAUUCCUGCUGGAUGUCCACACCAAGUCAGGAAUCUGAAGUCAUGCACCAAAGUUGCGGUGGACUUUGUGUCUCCCGAGAAUAUAAAGGAGUGCCUCCGUUUAACAGAGGAGUUCCGCCAACUACCCAAGAACCAUAGAGCCAGAGAAGACAAACUUGAGAUCAAGAAAAUGAUAAUUUAUGGAAUAGAACGAGCUGUUAAAGAGUUAUCAGAACUGAUGUCAACUCCAAAUUGAGCCCCUUGAAAGCUUCUCCAACUGCAACAAUGGAACCGCC